AUGGCACCCAGCCAACGCGUUGUCAUCAUCGGCGCCGGAAUUGUGGGCACCAAUAUCGCUGACGAGCUGGUCUCGCAGGGAUGGAGCGAUAUCACUGUCGUUGAGCAGGGCCCCCUACAAAUGCCGGGCGGCUCGACAUCCCAUGCCCCAGGCCUCGUAUUUCAGACUACUCCUUCCAAAACGAUGACCAACCUCGCUCGCUACACUAUUGAAAAGCUGCAAUCACUUGAGAAGGAUGGACAAAGCUGCUUUAAUCAGGUUGGUGGUCUUGAAGUCGCGACAACUCCGGCUCGAUUAGAGGACCUCAAGCGCAGGCAUGGGUAUGCUUCUUCUUGGGGAAUUGAUGCUCGCCUUGUGAGCACUGAUGAGUGCCUCACGAUGUAUCCCCAUCUGAACAAAGAUAUGGUGCUAGGAGGUCUCCACGUUCCUACCGACGGCCUUGCGCUUGCUGCUCGUGCGACACAGCUGCUCAUUGAGAAGACGAGUAACGCCGGUGUUCGCUAUAUAGGCUCAAAUCCUGUCACUGGUAUUGAGAAAACCGGCCGCCGAGUGACAGGCGUGAUUACUCCCACUGGCACCAUACCCGCCGACAUUAUCAUUUCCUGCGCCGGAUUCUGGGGUGUCGAGAUUGGCGCCAUGGUUGGAGUAUCAAUACCCCUCCUCCCACUAGCACACCAAUACGCGAGGACGACAGAUGUGCCGGCUCUUGCGGGACGCGAAAUCAAUAAAAAAAUGAACGGAAUGAACGCAACCCUUCCUAUCUUGCGACACCAGGACCAGGACCUUUAUUACCGCGAGCACGGUGAACAAUAUGGAAUCGGUUACUAUGGCCACCGACCUAUGCCGGUCGUCGCGGGAUCCUUGGGACCGACUGGCAAGGAUGUCGACGAAAAGAACAUGCCCUCUCGCCUUGAAUUCACGCCCGAGGACUUCGAUCCCGCCUGGCAGGAGUCCCAGAAAUUGUUGCCCAUUUUGAAAGGUACCAAGCUCUCCGACGGCUUCAACGGUAUCUUCUCGUUUACUCCGGAUGGUGGUCCUAUCUUUGGCCAGGCACCUAAUGUGGAUGGAUUCUGGGUGGCCGAAGCUGUUUGGGUAACGCACUCUGCCGGUGUUGCACGAGCCAUGGCAGAGACCUUGACAAACGGCCGCUCCACGAUAGAUAUGACCGAGUGCGAACUGUCUCGCUUCGAAGAAAUCCAGCUGAGUCGCUCCUAUAUCAACGAAACCUCAGCACAGAACUUCGUUGAGAUUUACGAUAUUCUCCACCCAUUGCAGCCGAAAGAAUCUCCUCGAAAGCUUCGCACAAGUCCCUUUUAUAGCCGGCAAAAGGAGCUCGGUGCUUUCUGUCUCGAGGUCGGCGGCUGGGAACGCCCCCAAUGGUAUGACGCGAACGCGGAUUUGGUCAAGUCCCUUCCAGCGGAGUGGAAGCCUGUCGACCGGGAUGCCUGGUCAGCGCAAUUCUACUCUCCCAUCACUGCUGCAGAGGCUUGGAAGACACGUCAUGCCGUGGCAAUGUUUGAUAUGACCACUUUCCACCGAUUUGAGGUCACCGGUCCCGGAGCUGUCACUUUGCUCCAAAGGCUGUGCACCGGGGAUGUCAACACCAAUAUAGGAGUCAUCACCUAUGCUCUCCUCCUUAAUGACCAAGGCGGUAUCCGUAGUGACAUCUUCGUGUCAAGACUCGCCGAAGACAGGUUCCAAAUCGGUGCCAACAGCGCAAUCGAUCUAGCGUAUCUCACCCGUGAAGCUCGUCGCCAAGGACAAUGGGUCGAGGUUCGCGACUUAACCGGCAGCACCUGUUGCAUCGGUCUCUGGGGUCCUCGGGCACGAGAUGUCAUCAGUACCAUUAUUAGAGACGAUUUCUCCAACAAGGACCUGCCUCACUUGGGUGUCAAGGACGCCAUUCUCAACGGCAUCCCGGUCAUAGCCUUCCGCAAAUCUUAUGUCGGAGAGCUCGGCUGGGAAAUCCAGACUACCGCAGACUACGGCUUACGGCUGUGGGAUACUAUAUACCAAGCUGGCAAGAACCAUGGACUCAUCGCCGCGGGCCGUGGCGCUUUCAACUCUCUGCGCCUGGAGAAGGGUUAUCGAAUUUUCGGCGCCGAUAUGACCACAGAGCAUAAUCCCUAUGAAGCUGGAGUCCAAUCUGCCAUUAGAUUCAGUAAAUGGGAGGACUACGUCGGGCGAUCGGCACUCGAGCGACUGGCCCAAGAAAAGCCCACUCGUCGUCUGCGCUGCCUGACUGUCAAUGAUGGCCGAUCCAUGAUCCUAGGUAAAGAACCCGUGUUCCACAAUGACAAACCUGUCGGCUAUGUCACCAGUGCAGGGUUCGGUUUCACUGUUCAUAAGCCUGUCGCAUAUGCCUGGCUGCCGAGCAAGCUGGACGAAGGCGACUCUGUCGAGAUCGAGUACUUCGGCCGUCGCAUCAAGGCCACUGUUACCGCAGAGCCACUGUACGAUCCCGAUAUGAAGCGCCUACAAGAUAUCGGGCCAGCCGUCGUUCCUGCGACGAUCAGGUCUCGGCUGUAA